CUCCUCCCAUCCCGGAUCCCCCUCCCCUCCCACCACCAGCCAAGACACAGCUCGUAGUAAAACGCAACCCUGCGAGCUGCCGGAUCCCCGCAGCUCGAACCCGGGCCUCUUCGCGUUUUUAGACGCCGAUCGCUGUCCCGGACGUGGCCCCCGCCUGCUCCACCCGCCUCUUUAAAGCCGUCAGCGGGGAAAUAUGGCAGCAGCAGUGGGCUGACUGGGACUGGAGUACAGCCGGGCUCAUUAAGCGCAAAGCGGCGCCGAGCAAGUCAGCUGGUUGGGACCGAGGGGGUGGGUUGGGGGGUGGGGAGGGUUGAGCAGACUCGUGGGGCCCCCGCCUGUUCUGAGAGCGCCAUCCACACCUGGGGGAAUGCACCAUGACCUCUGUGGUGGUUGUCGACGGCGGAGGGACCGUCGUAGAGUACAUCGGCACCGUGGAGAACCAGCAGCCGGGGGGGGAGCAGGCCGUGGGGUGCUGCAACGAGGACAGCUACCCUGCCGUGGUGGUGGAGCCUGUGCCUGGAGGCCGACUGGAGCAGUGUUACGCCGCGCAGGUGCUGGUCUACGGCGACGAGAGCUUCCUGAUGCAGGGCGUGGCCGAGGAGCAGGAGGUGGAGACAGAGGCGCUGAAUGCCGCUGAGGCGUCUGUGCACGGCAGUGGUGUUCACUGUUUGGACAAGACCAUCGAGGCAGCCGAAGCUCUGCUUCACAUGGACUCUCCCACCAGCUUGCGGGGUGACCGCAGCCCUGCGGACGAGCUUGGGGCACCUUGCAUCUCCACUCCGGAGUUCCUCCACGCGGCCAUGCGUCCGGACGUGAUGACGGAGACCGUGGUGGAGGUGUCCACAGAGGAGAGCGAGCCCGUGGAGGUCUGCGCCGUUCUGGAGGCCCCUCUGAGCGAGCCGAUGAAGAAGAAAAAAGCGGGUCGAAAGCCAAAGAUGCAUCAACCUGUGUCAAACUGCUCUCCUGAUCUGGGUAUUAAGAAGAAACCCAGGGAAGGGAAAGGUAACACAACCUACUUGUGGGAGUUUCUCUUGGAUCUUCUCCAAGAUAAGAACACGUGUCCCAGGUAUAUCAAGUGGACACAGAGGGAGAAGGGCAUCUUCAAGCUUGUGGACUCCAAGGCUGUGUCCAAAUUGUGGGGAAAACACAAAAACAAGCCUGACAUGAACUACGAGACCAUGGGUAGGGCGUUACGGUAUUACUACCAAAGGGGUAUCCUCGCGAAGGUGGAGGGUCAGCGUCUCGUCUACCAGUUCAAGGAGAUGCCGAAAAACAUCGUGGUAAUCGAUGACGACAAGUCGGAGCCCAUCGACGAGGACCUCCUAAGUGCUGAGAAAUCAUAUGAGCGUGUGCCCCCGUGCUCUGAGACUCUGCUCUCCUCUCCCGAGCUGGCGAAGACGGCGGGAAUCCUCCGAGGCGGCGGGCGUGCCGUCCUGCACUCUAACCCCGCCAAGGGCAGGAACGUGCUCUCGGCGGCGGCUGGGGGCCACAUCCUGACCGUCACGGCAGCCUCCGACGGCUCCCAGGCACAACUGCAGCCGUACACGACUCCUGUGCCCAGGACAGUGCGGGUCGCCAUGCAGGUGCCUGUAGUCAUGACGACGUCAUUAGGGCAGAAGAUCUCCACGGUGGCGGUCCAUUCCGGCAGCCCACCCCUCCUCACCAGUACUAACACCAGCACCAGCCCCUCGGCCCCCAAGGUGGUCAUCCAGACGAUACCCACCAUGGUACCGGCCACGGCCGACAAUGGGGACAAGGUCACGGUACAGCUGGCUAAGAUAAUCACGAUUCCUGCCGCACAGCUGGCCCAGUGCCACCUGCAGGCCAAAACCGGCCCGUCUGGGUCACACGGCAUCAACCUAGUGGGGGCGCCGUUGACGGUCAGGGCCCUCACCCCGAUGUCCGUGGCGCCGGGGACACAGGUGGUGAGGCUGGCCCUGCCGGUGGGUGGCCAGUCCCCUGCCCGUGUCGUCAGCAGCCUCAUUAAGGCGCCGGAGACCAAAGCAGAGGCCGGGGGGGCAACGGUGCUGGCAGCAGCAAAGACAUCCGAAGCCCCCAGACUAGUGACUAUCAUGCUUCAGGACGCAGUGAAGACGGACGAUUCUGAUAGCUGAGCAGAGGCCCCUGCGAAGCAGCACUGAUAGCUUUUGUACGCUGCCGCCAUUUUUCUAGACAGACAGAGGCCUAGUGGACAGUAAGUGCCACAGGGCGCCCCCCACCUGCCGAAUUCGUCAUAGCGACUAUAACGAUAGACAGAGCUACAGGACGGAUGGAGCCACGUUUCAGUUCUGAAGCCGCGUUCGCCUUUACGAUUCGAUUUGCAAACGGGACCAACGAAUCACUAUUUCAUCUAGACACUAUAUGGGAAACACUAAAGCCUCCUAAGAUCAGGGGAGGAGAUGAUAAUCCGGUCACGCUUGAACGCUUAUGAUUUGGUCACUUCAAAUGCAGACCAGCAAAUCGUCCGACUAUCACUGUGUGUAGGUGGUCUGUCCUGGUGGUGCUAGCUGGGGUGGGGGGGGGGGGGUGUUUAUGAUGACUGAAAGUAACACCUGCGGUUUCUUAACGGUACAAGAAACAAAAGGGAUUUUUGUAUAUAUCCGCUAAACUGUUUGACUUUUCAAACAAGCAGCCUUAGAGUCAUUUUGUUUCCUAAAAUAUAAGCUGUUUAGCUUUUUGUGUAAAGCUUUUCGUUACUUUGUACCAAGCACAGUAUUACUGCGAAAUGAACGACGCCUUGGAUCUAGUGACGGGCUCCGCUGGGAGCUCCGGCUGAACUUGCUGAGAUACACCUGCCUUCCCGUGGUCUCACUGUUGCUUUGGACCUUCUCUUCCUGUGUUUUCUGGCCAUUUAUACCACGCUCACCUGCAGCCUGAACUCUGACAGCUUGUGCUUUUACCUUGUUUCUCAAAAAUGAAAACGGUUGUAACUAGUUUGUAUAUUCAACAUUUUUAAGUACUUUUUUUGUUGUACUCUUGUUUCAAAGUGUAUUCAACUUGAUUUUACCAAAAUAUGAUAUAUAAACCCCUGUUCUGAGUGCUGGAUUAA